AUGCUCAGACAAGCGCGCACACUGCUCCAGCGAGCACCCUCAGCACGGCCAGCACCACCUGCGUGCGCCGCAUGCCGCGCCUUCACCACCUCGACCUCGCUCGCUGCUCCCGGGUCGUCUACACCAGCAGCGCCCGGCGAGGGUGCGCAGAAGCCAAGGAACACGACAUCUGGCCUGUUGCAGCUGUUGGAGGAGGUCGACCAGAACGAUACGGCUAUGCCGGCAGACAACAAUGUAUCGGUCCUGCGACAUGUCGCGCCGAACGCCAUCAUCGCCCCUCAGCAACUCUCUCCCCGCCGUCUCCUGAUCCCCUACCUCCCCCGCCCCGACUUCUCGCUCGCCUACCCUCUCGGCCCUCCCAAGAAAUUCGCCAUGACGCACGACCCGUUCCUUCGGUACAAGAUUGAUCCGCUCGGGGAUGCGAGCCUCAAUCCUGCCGUGCUCGCCGAGUAUGUCACGACUAUGGGAAUGAUCAAGCCGCGAGGAAAGACGGGAUUGCAGAAGCGGAGUCAGAGGAAGAUCGCCAAGGCGAUCAAGCGGGCAAGGAGCAUGGGAUUGGCUCCUUACUUCGGUGUCUCCAUCCCUGGCCACAACUAG